AUGACUUCCAUCGAUAAUAAUCAAUCAUUAUCAAUGUAUGAGGCUGCAAUUGAUGGUAAUGAACAAUAUUUUGAUAAUUGGCUUUCAACAAUGAAAGAAAAUGGUUUAUGUACAAAAACAAUUAAGAGUAAAAUUGAAAAACUCAAUCAUGAUCAAUAUUCUGUAUUACAUUAUGCUAUUCGAUAUAAUCAUUUGAGUUUAUCUCGAAAGUUUAUUGAAGAAUUUCAUUGUGAUAUUAAUCUUGCUGGUUACAAUGGUGAAACAUCAUUACAUACAGCAGCUCGUUAUGAUAUAUCAGAUAAUUUAUCUUCAGUUGAAUUUUUAAUUUCUUAUCAAGCUGAUUUAUGCAAACGCGAUAAUUAUGGUGAACAAAUUGAAAAAUUUUUGUUUUUAAUUUUCUCUUUAGGACGAACACCAUUACAUCAUGCAGCCAUGAGAAAUAAUUAUAUAAAUGCUCAACAAUUAAUUAAAUUCGGUGCAAUUAUUGAUAUUUUUGAUAGAAAAAAUGCAACGCCACUUCAUUUUGCAUGUCGAUUUAAUGCAAUUGAUUGUGUUCGAUUAUUUCUUGCACAUCAAGCUAUGAUUGAUCGACAAGAUGCUAGUGGAAAUACACCUCUACAUUGUAUUGCGCUAUCUCAACAAAUAAUAGAAAAUCAUAUAGAUGAAAAUGAUAUAUUAAAAAUUACAACUGUUCAUAUGUUAUUAAAUGCAGCUAAAGAUUAUCGUCAAUUUUAUCUUGAAAUAGAAAAUAAAGAUAGAAAAACUGCAUUAAGUAUUGCCUGUGAAUAUGGUGAUAUUAGUUUAAUUCGAAUUUUACUUAUUUAUGGUGCUAAUAUACAUAAUUCUAUGCCUAUUCAUAUGGCAAUUAAAUCAGGUAAUAUUGAUAUUGUUCGAUUAUUAUUAGAAUAUCAAGUUAAAUUAACAUUAACUAAUAUAUAUUUGGAAACAUCAUUACAUACUGCUUGUAAAUAUAAUCGAAUUGAUGUUUUACAAAUUUUAAUAAAUUAUCAAAAUGAAAAUAUCGAUUUAGAAGUUCGAGAUUAUCAAGGAUAUACACCAUUAUUAACAGCUAGUUAUUUUAAUCAUCACGAUUGUAUUAAUAUUCUUUUAAUGAAUAAAGCUGAUAUAACAGCAAGUGAUAAUUAUGGUAAAAAUAUUUUACAUAUUUGUGUUGAACAACAUUGUCAAGAUGCUUUACAAAUUUGUCUUGCAUGGAUAAAAAAAGAUACUCAUAGCUAUAAUGUAUUUGUGAAAGAUGAUCGUCAUGGUAAUACUGUACUUCAUGCAGCUGCUAAAUAUGGUUCAUUUGAAACAUGUGAAAUGUUAAUCAAUACGAUGAAAUAUAUCUUACAAUUAUCCUGUAUUGAUAGAAAUAUUUUUAUAAAACAAUAUUUAUCAUUAAUUUUAAAGAAGAAUAUUGAUAAACGUACAUCAAUACAUGAAGCUGCUAAUAUAGGCAAUUUUGCUAUGCUUGAAUAUCUUUUUCGAAUAAUGAAUAAUGAAAAUAUACAAAAUAAAAUGAUAAUUUGUGAAGAUCCAGAUGAUGAAUUUAAAACAAGUUUACAUCUUGCUGCUGCUCAAGGUCAUGAUGAAAUUGUUCAAUUUCUUAUUAAUCAAGGUGCAAAUGUUUGUUCAUGUGAUAUGAAUGAUUCAACUUCGUUACAUGAAGCAGCUGCUCAUAAUCGUUAUCAUUGUGUUAAAAUUCUUCUUGAUCAUCAAGCACCAAUUAAUCAAUUUGAUGGUAAACAUUAUACACCACUUCAUCGUGCUAGUCAACACGGACAUUGGAAAAUAGUUCGUUUAUUACUUAAUUCAAAUGCGAAUGUAUCUCUUAUUAAUUGUGAUGGUUAUAAUAGUUUAGAAGUUGCAAUAUUAAAUAAUCAUCAAUUAACUGUACAAGAAUUUCUUAAACAUAAAACAUGGACAAAAUCAUUACGUAAUUCACAAAUAGAAAUAAUAUCAAAUAAAAAAUAUGAAGAUUUAUCAACACCAUUAAGAAAACUUAUUCGUUAUAUGCCAAAUGAAGCUAAUGAAGUUUUUUCACGAUGUAUGAUUGAAAUAGGAAGUCCAGAAGAUGAUUCAUAUAAAAUUAUUUUUAAUUAUGAAUUUCUUGAAGAUCAAUUUGCAAUUUUUAAAUGGAAACACGAUUCUCCUACUGUACUCAUCGAUUCGCUACCAAUAAAAGUUAAUAAAUGGAAUAUAUUAUCUUAUUUUAAAUCUCAGAAUCAAGUAAAUAGAAAAGAUUCUACUCGAUUUAAUUCUCAUGUCUAUACACUUCGACAAAAUCAUCCUCUGUAUAUGAUUAUAACUUAUCAUCAAUAUGAUCUACUCAAACAUCCACUUAUUGAUCGUUUAAUUAAACGAAAAUGGGUACAAUUUAGUCGAACUUUUUUUUGGAUAUUAUUUCUUUUCUAUGCAUCAUUUACUUCAACAAUUCUUCGUGUACAUCAUCCACAAUAUUAUUAUUCAUUAUUUAAUGCAUCGAUAUCACUUGUUAGUUGUGAAACAAUAUCAUUAAAUCUUCUUCGACAUGAAUCAUUUAUGUUAACAAAAAAAAAUUUUUAUGAUACAAUGAUAAAAUGGCUUUUAUUUAGUACAAUAUUAAUACAUAUUAUUAAAAAUCUCCUAUUAAUUUGUAUACGUUUAAAAAUGUUUUUUGGUUAUUCGAAUAUUUUAGAAUUAAUUGCAUUAAUUUUAAGUAUUAUUUUUUCACAUGAUUUUUAUUCUUGGCAAAUGUCAAUUCGUUUUCGAUGUUCAUUUCAAUGGCAAUGUGGAGCAAUUGGAAUACUUAUUGGAUGGAUAACAUUAAUUACUUAUGUACAAUUUCUAUCAGCUUCUGGUAUUUAUGUGGUUAUGUUAGAAGUAAUUGUUCGAAAAUUUCUUCGUUUUAUUCCAAUUUUAAUAAUAUUUGUUCUUGGUUUUGGUUUCUCAUUUCAUAUGUUAUUACAAAAUCAAAAUGUUUAUCAUCAUACAUUUGAUGCAUUAAUUCGUACAGUUUUAAUGCUUACAGGCGAAUUUAAUUAUGAAGAACAUUUAUAUCGUUUUGAAAAUGAAAAUGGUCGAUAUUAUUAUCAAAUUAUAUUUUUACUUUAUGUUUUAUUUUGUCUAUUAAUAACAAUAUUAAUUAUGAAUUUACUUAUUGCAAAUGCUGUUGGUGAAAUUCCACCAUUAAUUGAACGUGCUAAUGUAAAAUAUUCUAUAAUGCAUAUUAAAUUAAUUAUGGAUUAUGAAAUCUUUUUAUCAACAUUUAAUUGUUUAAUUCCAUAUUUAAAACAACGUGUUAAAAUUUUAAUUGAACAAAAUCAAAAUGAAAUUAUUUAUCCAAAUAAAAUCAAUCGUUAUAAACAUAAAUAUUAUCAUAUUAAAAAAUUUUUUGAUGAAAAAAGAAAAAAAUCUUUAUUUUAUUCAAAUGAAUAA